AAAACGAUCUGUUGCCUGGCCCUUGUCUUCUGUUGUUACAUUUGGUGUCGCUGCCUACCGACAAAUGAAAAGCCUAUACCCUGCAGUUUUUGAUGGAGACAUAUGGAUCUUCGGGCAGGACUUCAAGGCUUCUGCGCAGUUGAGUGGCGUUCAAGAUCUGUCAGCGAUGGAGCUGCUACUUGAGACGCUGCUGGGAGGUCGGGUGAAAGCAGCAUAUGAAAGUGUGAGCCGAAGUAUGGACGAAUGUUCGACAGGGUCAGGCAAACAGUUUCCAAAGUGGGAAGGACCAUAUAUGGUCACUUCGAGAUGGGGUUACGCAGACACAGUCGCAAUGGCGAACAAUGAGAGGCGCGUGAACGUCAGCGAGCUCCAGAAAUGGAUACAGCGAGACAAGCCAACGAUGACGCCUGCACCAAGUAGAUCAAGCCGACUUCAGUCGCACGUAUUUGACGGGGGGACGAGUGUGGUGAGAGCAGGCUGCUAGCCGAUUGGUUGGCACUAAUCUACGUUAAGGUCUAGGUCACUAAUAUGGGCCGUGAACAAGGCUGAGUCAACAACCAAUCACAGCAAAGUUAACGUGGCAAAAUAUGAUUCGCAGAUAGAGAACUCUGUUUGUCAAGGAAUCCCGAAACAACCAAUCAGAAGCCUGCGUUUGUCUACCUAAACAACCAAUCAGAUGACUGCGCUUGUCUAUAAUAAUGUUGUCUGAAAUAUGUAUAAAUACGUGUUGAUUU